AUGUCGACUACAAACAUUGCCACCAGCACUAAGCCACAAUUGUUUAUAUGUCCCAGUUGCUCAAAAAGCUUUACCAGGAAAGAUUAUUUAUAUCGUCAUGAAAAGAACCAUUCUCAAGUUAAACCAUUCAAAUGCGACCAAUGUAAUUUAUCAUUCACAAGAAGUGACUUACUUACAAAGCAUUACAAAUCAAAAUCACAUCAAAGAGUAAAAAAUGAAUUGAAUUCCUGUAGCGGCAAAAGCAUUGUUGGCAAUAGUAGCAACAGUAAUCCGAAACAAGCUCCUUAUAAGGUCGAAAAAAGAAGCAGUCGUCUGGUCGAUUCCUCAACUUCUUCAAUUAUGAAUGAUACUCUAUUAAAUCAACAUGCACCUAGUCUCAAUCAAUUUAAUAAAGAACGUGAAAUGAAAGAAUUUAAAAGGUUAGGCAUCCCAGAUUUUUUAAAUCGGCAUUUUAAUGAUGAGAAAAUACCUGCUCCUCCUCCACAACCUUCAAUCAUUUUGCCAGCUAUUCCAAGUAAUUGUAAUGAUAACUCCUCAAUAGCUUCUGCAAAUAUGUUUAUGAAUCGAUCACAAGAGAAAGGAAAAGCAGUGGACUCGAAUACUCAUACUUCUGCCAAAGAACAACAGAAUCCUAAUAGUCAUUAUUUAAAUUCGCAUAAUGAUUCGGCUCCGACUCCAAAUACUUCCAUGCCUGGUAGAAAUGAUAUAUCUGGUGGUGGUUCAGAAAUGGACUCAAAUGCUCCUCCUGGAAUUAUAGAUAAUGAUUUAUUAUGGCUAUUCAAUGAUAUUACACCAGUAGAUAAUUUGUUUUGGUUAUUCAGUGAUAUAUCCCCACUGGAUAAUAGCGGUACUGGGAGUGGAAGUGGAAGUGGCAAUAAACUAGCUAAUUCUAAUGAUUGGAACCCGACAACGAGCUCUCUCGCUGAAGCUCAUUCGAAUACUAAUAUUUCUAAGUCACUUAAUAAUCAUGAUGAUAUAGCUUCAUUCAUGUAUCAAAAUUUGUACAAUGAGAGUACCAAUACAAAAAUUAAUAAUAAUAAAAUAAAUAUGAAUGAAUCCACAAGAUCAAGAAUUAUUCAUACUUUAUCCUCAGUUAAUCAAUUAAACAAAGUUUCAUUAAAGAGAUUUGAAGAAUACUUGGAUUUGUAUUGGUUUAAUUUUGCUCAAACUUUCCCUAUAAUUCAUCAAGCUACUUUCGAUCCUAAUACAAUGAACAUUUAUUUAUUAAUAAGCAUAAUAGUGAUUGGUAUGGCCCAUUCGUUGGAUAAGUUAGAAUAUGAAACUUCUAUUGCAAUUAAUAAAAAAUUAAGACGAAUCAUCUAUGAUGUUAUUGAAGAUAAUACAGAAUUACCUUUACCGUUAAUGCAGGCAUUAAUGCUACAUAAUUUUUCUGCUAAGAAUUUUGGUGAUACUCAGUUAAGCAAAAUAGCACAAAUUGAUCAUGGUUCAAAUAUUAUGUAUUUAAAAUUUAGUGGAUUUUUAAAUAAUUUGACAGAGCCCAUAGUCUAUAAACAAAAAAAUGCCAGCUUGACUGAACUAACGGAACAAUGGCAAAAUUGGAUUCAAUACGAGAGUUGUAAAAGAUCCGUCUUCUUUGAAUUUAUAUGUGAUACUCAACAUGCAACAUUUAGCAAAAUAAGAUCUUUAUCUGCAUUUGAUAUUAAAUUAGAAUUGCCCUGCAGUGAUGAAGUUUGGAAUUGUGCUGACUCGCUCAGAUUUUUUGAAGAAUAUCAAAAACAGCCAAAAGGACUAUGCGCAAGACCAAGAUUAGAUAUCUCAAGCAAAUAUGUCUAUAGUAAAGAACUUGAAUAUCUUUAUAAUAAUGAUAGUAAUGAUGAAAUUAAAAAUGAUAAUGUUUAUGGUUAUGGUAGUGACAAUACUAAUUUUAAUAGGACUUUCGAAUUUUCAAAUAAUGAAAAUUAUUUAACUGAUUCUUUCAAUAUAAAAGCGCCUAAAGAUACGGCUGAUUUGUCCAAUGCUUCUGAUACAUCAAGACUGCAACAAUCAAUUAAAAAGGAGAAUAAAUGGCCAACUUUUUUGUGGGGUUUAAAAUCCAUGAUGACUACAUAUAAAGCAAAUCAAAAAGAAUAUCCAUUAGAUUGUUAUUCAUUAUUUUCAAGAUAUAUUAUUUUACAUGGGCUUUUAAGAGUUUGCUGGGAUAUGAGAGGUCAAAGUCUUUUAGAUUUAGGUUUCAUAUCAAAAAAGAAAUUGGGAGAAUUUUUUAAAAAAUUAGAAAAUGCAUUUUUAAAUUGGAAAAGGUAUUUUGAUUUACAUGUUAAACUAUAUGAAAAGCAAAUAGAAUCUGAUGAAGACGUGUAUGUAAAACAUUCCCCAAAUAAGCACUUAAUACUAUCGUUAAAUAAUUACGGACCAACCAAUGCGUCAUGGGCAAAUAUUAGCUUUUAUUAUACAGGAUUAUUUUGCCUUUAUGCAGAUAUACCUUCAGUAACAAUGUUUGCAGCUGAAUAUAAAAACUUUCACUAUGUUACCAAAACAGUAUACAAGGGAAUCAAAGAAAUGGAAUAUGAAAGAAAUAAACUAAUAAUUGAACAAUGGGCAAGAUCAAUAUAUGGUAAAUUUGCAUUAGUUGAAGCUUGUAAAUUUUUAAGAUUAGUUUAUGGAAACGAAGAAACAAUUAAUACAUUCUCACACAUACCACAAGCAGCAUAUCUUGCAGCAUUAAUUAUAUGGUGCUAUGAAAUCAAGAGAGAUUGUCGAAACGUUGAGAUGAAUAGAGAAAGAAAUGACGAGGUUGAACGUGAUAAAAUUAAAUUGGAUGCAAGUAAAUAUUUUGACCUUCUUGGUAACAUCCAUUAUGAAUUAUCAAGAAGCGACGCUCGGGAAUAUUUUUCAAUGAUUUUAGAUUUGAAAAAUGACUUGAAUGAUGAUUACCUAGACGAGCAAAAUAAUAAUCAAGACUUCAUUGGUAGAAAUGAUUAUGAGGAAUUUAAAGAAAGACAAAUGAAUACCAUUGGAGUUGUUUGUUAUGUGUUACAUCUAUUGAGAAAUUGUAAGUGGGUCUACUCGAUAGAUUUGGUCCAGCAAUUGGAACAUGUUAUUAUAACGUAUGAGAAAAUAUAG